GGCAGCUUCUGUUAUGGUUUGCCAAGCAGUCGUCUGGAUAACACUUCCGACCCUGGAAAUCCAAAGAUUAUUUAUUUUUUUACCCUGUGGAAAUACUAAUUCAAUUGUCGUUCCGGUUGGUAUUCAGAAGCUGCAGUGUCUUUGGCCAAAAUGAUGUCUGAAGAAAGCGCGCCUAUGAGGCACAUUGAUCUUGGGUCUCCGCCUCCUCUGGAACCACCAGUGGCUGGUUACAGGUUCCCCGGCCCUCCGCCACCCAUCUACUCCUGCACUCUGACCCCUGAGCUGGUGGCCAAGGCCCGGGAGGAGCUACAGGAGAAGCCAGAGUGGAGGCUGAGAGACGUGCAGGCCCUGAGGGACAUGGUGCUGAAGGAGCAGCCUAACCUCCGGACCAGGCUGGAUGAUGCCUUCCUCCUACGCUUUCUACGGGCCAGGAAGUUUGACUAUGACCGUGCCAUGCAGCUUCUCCUUAACUACCAUACCAGUCGGCGGGCCUGGCCUGAGGUCUUCCAGGACCUGAAGCCUUCCACUAUCAAACAUGUGUUAGACCUGGGCUUCCUCACUGUCCUGCCCCAUCCAGACCCUAAUGGACGCUACAUCCUCUGUCUCAGACCUGGAAAAUGGAAAGCGAAUGAUUAUCCAUUUGAGGACAACAUCCGGGCCAUUUACCUGACUCUGGAGAAGCUGAUUCAGCCAGAGGAGACUCAGGUUAAUGGGAUCGUCAUUUUAGCAGACUACACUGGGGUGGGCUUGUCUCAGGCAUCCAAUCCGGGCCCAUUCCUGGCCAAGAAGGUUGUCAGCAUCCUUCAGGAUAGCUUCCCAAUAAGAAUCAAGGCUGUUAACAUCAUAAAUGAGCCCCGGAUUUUCAAAGGGAUCUUUGCAAUAAUGAAGCCUUUUUUGAAGGAGAAGAUGGCAGAGAGGUACGUUCUCCAUGGGUCAGACCUGCGCUCUCUUCACCGCAACAUCCCUCGAUCCGUCCUGCCAGAGGAGUAUGGUGGGGUGGCCGGCCACCUCGACAUGUCAGCCUGGUCAAAGACAUUACUGGACUCUGAGGAGGAGUUUAUAGUGGAGUUCUGCCAGCCAGAUCCUCUAGAGGGCCUAGUUCUCCCAGACUCCAUGCUGUUAGAAGGGCAGCAGCCCAGUGGUGCUGCCCAGGAUGAUGACACCUUCAGGGGGCUACGCUCUCAGCUCUACUACUGUUACUGAUACUGACCAUUACGUCUCUCUUGUUUAACUAUUGUGAGGACACUAGCCUGGUCCCAGAUGUGUUUGUGCUGUCUUGCCAACGCCUAUAGUCAUUUAUGUGACAAUGACCAUAGGAGUUGGUAAAACAGCACAACUAGAUCUGGGACCAGGCUAUGAGGACACUACUGUUCCUUUUGAACAAUGUAUUUAUGUUUUAUCGUAGUCCCAUGGGGCAAGUUGUCAAUGUUAUUUAGUAGAAAUCACUACAGGAGGAGCUAAAGAGUCGUCUGGGGCCAUAAUCAAAAAGCGUCUCAGAGUAGGAGUGCUGAUAUAGGAUCAGUUUUACCUUUGAGAUCAUAAUGAAUAAUAUUAUAUGGACACAGGGGACCUGAUUCUAAUUACUGCUACUCUGAGACCCUUUACGAGUACAGGGCCUACUACAUGGCCAAGCAUAAGGCAGCUUUAGGUUCUGGCAAAGAGGCUUUAUAGGAGCUGCCUCUCGGUUUUAAACAAUUUCCAGUGUUUCAUUUAUUUCCUAUAGAGGAAGACGAUCAACUGUGCCCAUUUGAAAUGCCACUCACUUCCGCUUUCUCCUUAAUUUCUCAGAAUACACGUACUGAGGCUGUUCCUAUUAGACUUCCUCUGCAUGGUCAUAUUCAAACACCAUGUUGUAGCUAUACCGGAUCCAUGCCUUAAUCUAUUUUCGAUAAUGAUAGAUGUGCAAGGGGUUAUGAAUGGGGUUUAAUUUGUAACCAUACAAGGUUGCCACUUUUAUCCAAAGCAACUUACAGUGCAGUGAGUGGAUAGCCUACAAUUUUAGCAUGUGUAUGUGAUCCCUGCAGGAAUUUAAACCAGUGAUGAACUUGCCAUUGCUGGUGCCACGCUCUUACUAACUGAGCCACUCAAGACCAGUAAUGUCAGAGUUACUGAGAGCCCUAGCCUACAGUAUGACACGAAAAGCGAUAUUGAUGUGCAUUCGUUCUUAUUAACGUUUACGUUUACGUCAUUUAGCAGACGCUCUUAUCCAGAGCGACUUACAAAUUAAGACUCAUUUUACUAGCCUGGCUUCAAAGACGUAACAUAGUAAACAUACAUCUGUGACCCUCCAAUUAGUAUGAUAUGUUACAUUUGGUAUGGUUACAUAAGACAGAAGGUUACUUAAGGCAAAAACAAAAGUAGGGAGGUUGGUCAGGGAGGAUGGGUGGACGUAUAACGCAAACAUCUAGCAACCCAAAGGUUGCGUGUAUCGAACCACAUCACAGACAACUUUAGCUAAUUAGCAACUU